AAAGCAAUGGUAUCGUAUGUUCUGCAAUCGGCCACUACCAAUCAGCUAUUUCAGCUCAGCCCCCAUAACAGGACCCCUUUCCGAGUUCCCCCUUCCCUAGGUUUCCUUCCAGUAAGCUGUGCUAACACUGAAUUACCAACCCAUCUUUGCAGUAUUUCACUAAACCACAGUCGCCCCAUCACCACAUACACAGAUCUCACUCUCUAGUUACAAACUUUCUUGCUUUGAAUCCGCAAAGCUACAAUCUUUAGUGUAUAAAAGAUUGGGAGUAUUUACCGAUGCCUACACCAAAACACACUUCAAGAUUCAUCCUUUUCUCCCUUAUUUUACUAUUUUCACUGAGCUUUUUCUCCAUCAGAGUAGUAUUCUCCCAGUCCACCCCAGCUGAUGAAGAAGAUGGCGAAGACAUGGAAGCCCUUGAAGAACUGAUUGCUUUGGAUGAAGAAGCAGAUGUAGAACAGAACCCAGAUGGGGUUCAUGGUGAAACUAAAGAUAAACCAUCCGGGGCUCAAGUUUUGAGCAAAGCUCAGAGAAUUGUGCUUGAGCUGAAUAGUGAUUAUGCCAAGAGGGUGGUAGAUGAAAAUGAGUAUGUGCUGGUUCUUGGGUAUGCCCCUUGGUGUAUGAGGAGUGCGGAGCUAAUGCCAAGGUUUGCUGAGGCUGCAACUGCUCUGAAGGAAUUAGGGAGUUCCCUUUUAAUGGCUAAGCUUGACGCUGAAAGGUAUCCUAAAGCUGCUUCAACUCUUGGCAUCAAAGGGUUCCCCACUCUCCUUUUGUUUGUAAAUGGCACUUCUCAACCUUAUUCUGGCGGAUUCACCUCGGAAGAAAUUGUGAUCUGGGCUAGAAAGAGGACUGGUUCACCUAUUAUUAGAAUUAGCUCACUUACUGAGGCAAAUGAGUUUCUGAAGAAGCAUUCAACAUUUGUAGUUGGGCUGUUUGAAAAUUUUGAGGGGCCUGAUUAUGAAGAGUUCGUCAAGGCAGCAACAUCUGACAAUGAAAUUCAGUUUAUUGAAACAAGCAGCCCAGAAAUUGCCAAAGUUCUGUUUCCUGAUGCUAGGCAUACUUAUCCUUUCCUUGGCCUAACUAAAAAUGAACCGGAGAGAUACACUACAUAUGAGGACACCUUUAAUGUAGAUGGGAUCUUGCAAUUUUUGGACAAUAACAAGUUCCCCCUAAUUACUGUACUGACUGAAUUUAAUUCUGCCCAAGUAUACUCCAGCACAAAGAAGCUCCAGGUGUAUAUUUUUGCUGAAGCUGAUGAUUUGAAGAAACUCACUGAACCUUUGCAAGAAGUUGCUAGGAAGUUCAAAUUAAAGAUAAUGUUGAUAUUCGUAGAUAUCAAAGAAGACAACCUUGCAAAGCCCUUCCUCACUUUAUUUGGUCUAGAGGAUUCAGAAGAUAUAGUUGUGACAGCUUUUGAUUACAACAACAGCUUCAAGUAUCUGUUGGAGUCAGAUCCUACACCAACAAAAAUAGAAGAAUUUUGCUUGGGGCUUUUUCAUGGAACAUUGUCACCAUUCUUCAAGUCGCAGCCAAUCCCUGAUAAUGUGAGUUUUGUGAAGGAUGCCAGUAUAUUGACUGUUGUUGGCAAGACAUUUGAUGAUUUGGUUCUUCGAAGCCCCAAGAAUAUUCUUUUAGAGGUACAUACACCAUGGUGCAUAACCUGCGAAGCAACCACCAAGCAAAUGGAGAAGUUGGCCAAACAUUUCAGGGGAUUGGAAGACCUAGUUUUUGCAAGGAUUGAUGCUUCAGAGAACGAACAUCCAAAGCUACAGGUAGAAGAAUAUCCAACGUUGUUGUUCUACACCUCCAAGGACAAGCAAAACCCGAUUAGAUUUUCUACAAAAUCUGGCUCCAAGGAGUUAGCGUCCCUGAUCAACAAACACCUAAAGAACCAGGAUGACAUUUCAAAGGAUGAGCUGUAGAGCAUGGUCAUACUCGAUUUUGAGAAAGAAUAUGGCCGGCAAAUCAUGCAUAGCAAUUAUACUGGACUGGAGAGUUCUUUUUCCAAAUGCUCUUUGGUUGCUCAAGCUGAUGAGUUUCAUUGAUAUAAUAUACAGGACAAUAUAUUUCUCAGUCUUGUUUUGUCAAUUUCCUCCAAUUCGUAAAGAGCGGUUACUUGUGAAAAUGUAGACAUUAAUGUUGUACAAUUUAGUUCUGAACAAGGGCUAAUGUCAGUCCUUGAAAGUUGCCAAUAUGAAAACUAAAAAAUUCUUGAA